GAGCGGUUCUUCCUAUUUCCUCAUAAUCAAAGAGAGGAAAUGUUACUAUAAUUGUUCUCCACUUUCAAGAUUAUAAAUAGUAAAAAUUAAAAAACUUUAUUAAACAUACUCAAACAAUAUAUAAUUCAGGAUUUGAACAAUCCACGUCAUAAUGACCUUUUUUUGGUUUCUUGAUUUCUAAGUAACAUUUAUUGGAAACCCAACCGUCCUCACCCCACCCCCACCUCUCUCUCUCUCUCUCUCUCUCUCUCUCUCUCUCUCUCUCUCUCUCUCUCUCUCUCUCUCUCUCUCUCUCUACAAAUUAAAUAAAUAAUAACAUAUAUAGUCUCACAUGGAAUUAAGGCAACACGUAGUACUAUCUAAUUCAAACCUCCUCUCAACAUAUCUUAUAUUGUAAGUAUACACAUUAGAUACAAGCUGUCAAACCCUUGAAUAAUUUUCUCAAUUUCCCACUAAAAAAUAAUAAAUCCACAAUUCAUUUCACUUGUGCUUAAUCAUAUGUUCAAACCCUUUCUCCUUUGCCAAAUACUCUUUACACCAUGAUGAAGAAAAUCCCUCUUCUAUUUUACCCUUUCCUUUGCUUCUUUCUCCUCAUACUAUUAUUUCAUGAUUUCUAUAGCUUAAAAUACCUCCAUAAAACCACACAUAUUCACUAUUCUUUCAUUAUCCCUCAUAGAAAAGCUCUAUCUAGCAAGUUUGAUUUCACCCCAUUUCUCCACCACCACCGCCACCGGACCGCCGGGCUUCCGCCACCUGCAGGUGGAUUCGAAAUUGAUCCUCGUUAUGACGUCGAGAAGCGAAUUGUUCCUUCCGGUCCAAACCCUUUGCAUCAUUAGUUAUAAGAAGCUUUUAGAGGGCGUCGUGGGGACGAACUACACAUACAACGACUUAUACGUGUUGAUCGAGAAAAUAAUGGUUAGUGUAAUGUGAUUCAAUUUGUUUCGAAAUUAGUUCUCAAUUUAUUUAUUCGUUUUUUU